AUGGAAUAUUGGAGUAGCCCCUUCAUCAAUGGCGAUUCUUCUUCCAACUUCAUCUAUCCUCUCCAUAAUUUUGACUAUUUCUCAGGAAACCAAGGAAAUAAAUGUCUCUCUUCAGGAACAAUGGUGGAUGAACAACAAGGUUUGCUUCAUGGACAUCGUGUCCCUCUAGCAAUGGUGGAGAGUAGCUACGGAGAAGCAAGCAACAACAUCAAUGGAUAUGGAAAGAAGAAGAAGAAGCUAACGAGCGAGCAACUAGAGUCACUUGAGAGAAGUUUCCAAGAAGAGAUAAAGCUGGACCCGGACAGGAAGAUGAAGCUCUCCAGAGAACUCGGGCUGCAUCCGAGACAGAUUGCGGUUUGGUUCCAGAACAGGAAAGCCAGGUGGAAGAACAAACAACUCGAGCAUCUCUAUGAAUCACUAAGGCAAGACUUCAAUGUUGUCUCUAGAGAAAAGAUGUUGCUAGAGGAAGAGCUUAUACAACUGAAAUCGAUGAUAAGAGAGAAUGGUUUAAGCAGCGAGGCAGUAUCGGUUUACUUUCAGCUCAAUUAG